CAGUCAUCUGCCAUCGCAGUAUUGCGUGAGAAAAUUAAUUACAUCCCCAAUUUGAAAAGAACAGAGCGACACGACUUUCUAUUAUUAACCACAUUCAAUCAUCUACCAUGGCUACCAAGGAGGCUAAGUUGGAGCUCCUCCGGGAGAAUUUGGCCGAAGUGCUCAAUCCGGAAAUCAUCGAUGAGGUUCUGGAUAAGGGCGAGACCCUGCGGAUUUACUGGGGAACCGCCCCGACGGGCAAGCCUCAUUGCGGAUACUUCGCCCCUAUUAUGAAAAUCGCCCAGUUCCUGCAAGCAGGAUGCAACGUCAAGAUCCUCCUGGCCGAUGUUCACGCCUUCCUGGAUAACCUCAAGGCCCCCAUUGAGCUGGUUGAAUAUCGGGCCAAGUACUACCGCUACUGCAUCAUGGCUCUGAUGCGGGCUGUAAAUGUGCCCAUUGAGAAGUUGGAGUUUGUUUUGGGUAGUUCCUACCAGAUGUCGGCGAAAUACACAAUGGACGUUUACCGGUUGGCUUCGCUUGUGACGGAACAUGACGCCAAAAAGGCUGGUGCCGAGGUUGUCAAACAAAGCCAGAACGCACCUAUCAGCGGACUUAUGUACCCGCUUUUGCAAGCACUUGAUGAGGAGGCAUUGGAUGUCCACGCUCAGUUUGGUGGUGCUGACCAGAGAAAGAUUUUCGCACUUGCUAUGGAAACCCUCCCCAAACUCGGCUACAAAACUCGUGCUCAUAUCAUGAAUAAAAUGGUCCCAGGCCUGGCUGGUGGUAAAAUGUCUGCCAGCGACCCUAACUCUAAGAUUGACCUUCUCGACACGCCUGACGUCUCCGCGCGUAAGAUCAAGAAGGCCAAUGCUCCCCCGAAGGUGGUAGAGGAAAACGGUCUCCUUGCCUUUGUGGAGAACGUGCUUCUUCCAGCUAGCUCGCUGCUUGAUGGUGAGCGGUCGUUCAAGGUUGACCGGGAGGGCGCAGAGCCGCUUGUGUACGGGGACAUCGAGAGUUUGAGGAAGGACUAUGUUGAUGAUGUGCUUACUCCUCAAUUGCUCAAACCCGCCGUCAACCUCGCGCUCCGCCGCCUCCUCGACCCUAUCCAGAAUGAAUUCAACUCUUCUUCCGAGUGGCAAGAGAUUGAAAAGAAGGCCUACCCUGCGGACGCUCCCAAGGAGAAGAAGCAAAAGACCAAGAAGGACAAGGGCAGCAAGUACCCCGGCGCUGCCAAGGCCGAAGAGCAGGCUGAGCAGGGCAAGGAGCCGUCCCAGGCUACGGCUUCGGAUGUGGGCAAGAGUGCCAGCGAGGCGAUGGAUAAGUUGUCUGUUCAGUAAGCGGG